AUGAUGAAGAAGCUAGAGCUAUUAGAAGAUUUGACGAAAAGUAUAAGAGAGAAAAUAAUAUCAUCAAGGGAACUAAGUGAGAGAAGGAUGGUGUGGUCAUUUGGAGCUGUUUCUGGGCCUGUGGUUUUGAGCAUGUGGUCUUACAUUAAAGUGAGUAAUUUGACUCAGGUCUUCCUCCUUUGGUUUCAAAAUCUUUCACAAGAACAGAACAGGUAUUUUGUGUUCCAAAAAGGCAACGCCAGUUGUAAUACUGGCUCUUAUUUGAGACUGUUGAAAGAUGGUCAAGAGCACCUUUGGUGGGAUCUCAUGAAAUAUAUGAGUGAUAAGAGGGACAGCAUCAAUAACGUUAGAAACUUAAGGGUUGCUUUAGCUAUUGUUCCUGAUGAGCAGUUGUAUGUUGAAGAUAUAUCAAUUUUUCGCGUGAAUUUCCAAUACUCAGACGUCAAACCGUUCUUGACUAUGGCUGUACUAGGCAUCAGACCAUAA